CAGAAAAAAUGUUCAAUCAGCAGACGUAAACAGACAAGUAACAACAACCAAAACUUCAAAGAUCAAAAACAAAAAUGCAUAACCAAGAAAUCACAAUUGAAAUAAUGCCACCCACAAAUCAAGUGGUUUGGCCAAUAGAAAAUAAUCUGUCAAAAAAACAAUAUCAUUGCCUCAAAUGCCAAAAGGUGUUCAGCACUUCCAACGGUUUGAAAAGUCAUUCAACGGCGGACAAAUGUCAAAGCUCCAUUUGCGGCCAAGAUCACAUCCAUGAGCUCAUCGAUAGCCGAUUUAAUUCCAUAGCGGAAGCCAAAGCCAGGAUCUUUGAUCAAGAAUUGGACAAGAUCUUUGUAGUGGUGGGUUCCCGGGAAGACAACAUCCGGUACCAAUGUCGACAAAGAGACAUGUCCAGAAAUUCUAAUCCUAAAGAGCAUGAGUCCAAAACCAAGAGACGUAACCGAAAGCCGAUCAAUCGAUGCGCUUGUGCCGCCUCUUUGAACAUCCGGAAGAUCCGGCUUUGUUAUUGCGAAAAUCCAGAGUCCAAUCCUUUCUGCGAGAAGUUUCAGACUCAAUUUCAGCUUUUAGGCUGUUUGACCCAUUCCCACCGACCUCAGAAACAGUUCCUCCGGAUACCAAAAGUGAAGAGGGACAUGCUUCUCUCGUUGAUGGAGAUCGGAGUGCCCAAGAAGGUGAUUUUAGACAAGUAUUGCUCGUCUGAGAAUCUUGAUGAGACAGAGGGCAAGAUCGUGACCCUUAAAGAUCUGGAUAACUUUGAAAAGCACCACAGGAAAUUCCGGAAAACUUCGGGUCCACCACGUUUGCAGAAAGUUCCAUGUCAAGAAUGCAAGCUUUCCCAGCCUAACUCAUGUCCUCAUGAUCCAAUGGUGGUGUUAACCUUGGAUAAAUUCUCCAACGAGGAUCAUGAUUAUUGCUCAACCAAUGUUAUGAUUCCCGUGCCUAAAUUGGAUGACAAGUCUAACCAGUCAGAUCGUAAUCAUCAAUUCGAGCCAACAGACAUUGAGGCCGUGGAAACUGAAUCCAGCGCUCACAAAGAUUUUGAGCUCAGGAAAACACGUAUUUUAAAGGAACUUGAUUCUCACCUGGGUCAAGUGGGUGCUGCAAGAGGGGAGAAAUUACUUCAUAAAUUGUCAGACAUCAAUGGAGAGGCCAAAGCUUUCUUGACAGAACGCGCCAAAAGACCGAAAUCCCAAGGCCGUGAAGAACACGGGCAUCCUGAGCCGCUCAAUUUGCUGAAUGAGGACGCUGUCAGAAUUUUGCUGGAUAAUCCUUUUGUUGUAAACGAGAUGAUUGAGCCUGUGGAGGAUCAAUAUGCUUAGUUCUUGGCUUAGCACUUGAUUCAACUUAAAUGCCAAUAAAUGACGUUUUUGGUCUCGAUGA